AAGAAGAGAAUGUCAAGACGCAGUAGCCGUUUACAAGCUAAGCAGCAGUCCCAGCCCAGCCAAACGGAUUCCCCCCAAGAAGCCCAGAUUAUCCAGGCCAAGAAGAGAAAAACAGCCCAGGAUGUCAAAAAAAGAAAAGAGGAGGUCACCAAGAAACAUCAGUAUGAAAUUAGGAAUUGUUGGCCACCUGUAUUAUCUGGGGGGAUCAGUCCUUGCAUUAUCAUUGAAACACCCCACAAAGAAACAGUAACAAGUGACUUCUCAAGAUUUACAAAUUACAGAUUUAAAAACCUUUUUAUUAAUCCCUCACCUUUGCCUGAUUUAAGCUGGGGAUGUUCAAAGGAUGUAUGGCUCAACAUGUUAAAAAAAGAGACCAGGUAUGUUCAUGACAAGCAUUUUGAAGUUCUGCAUUCUAACUUGGAACCACAGAUGAGGUCAAUACUUCUAGACUGGCUUUUGGAGGUAUGUGAGGUAUACACACUUCACAGGGAAACAUUUUAUCUUGCGCAAGACUUUUUUGAUAGAUUUAUGUUGACACAAAAGGAUAUAAAUAAAAACAUGCUUCAACUCAUUGGAAUUACCUCAUUAUUCAUUGCUUCCAAACUUGAGGAAAUCUAUGCUCCUAAACUCCAAGAGUUUGCUUAUGUCACCGAUGGUGCUUGCAGUGAAGAGGAUAUCUUAAGGAUGGAACUCAUUAUAUUAAAGGCUUUAAAAUGGGAACUUUGUCCUGUAACAGUCAUCUCCUGGCUAAAUCUCUUUCUCCAAGUUGAUGCUCUUAAAGAUGCACCUAAAGUUCUUCUACCUCAGUAUUCUCAGGAAAAGUUCAUUCAAAUAGCUCAGCUUUUAGAUUUGUGUAUUCUAGCCAUCGAUUCACUCGAGUUCCAGUACAGAAUACUGGCUGCUGCUGCCUUGUGUCAUUUUACCUCUACUGAAGUUGUUAAGAAAGCUUCAGGUUUGGAGUGGGAUAACAUUUCAGAAUGUGUAGACUGGAUGGUGCCUUUUGUCAAUGUAGUAAAAGGUACCAGUCCAGUGAAACUGAAGGCUUUUAAGAAGAUUCCUAUGGAAGACAGACAUAAUAUCCAGACACAUACGAAUUAUCUGGCUAUGCUGGAUGAAGUCAAUUACGUAAACACCUUCAGAAAAGAGGGACAGUUGUCACCAGUGUGCAAUGGUGGCAUUAUGACACCACCGAAGAGCACUGAAAAACCAACAGGAAAACUCUAAAGAAGUUGACUACACAAACAAAUUGAAAUUGACCAAGUAUAAGGCAGAAUUUCAUACAACUGAACUACUAAAAUUUCACACCAAAAAUUUUGCUGAUUGUCCUAGCCAAUUAAGAGGUUACAAUGCCAUUCUUUGGUUAAAAAGCCACUUAAAACUGGCAUGGAGAAGUUUAUUUAACUCCUAUUAGCUGCUCAAGAACAGCAAAACUUGUUUACAAAACUGACUUCAUUCCCAAGGUGACUGGAUAGAAGCCAGCCAUGAUUUAUGCCACAGCAACUUUUUUUUUUUUUUUGAUCCAGUGUUACUAUGUUUAUUUUGAUAAAUUAGAAAUCUUAUUAUUGGUGUUUUGGACUAUAUAUAUAUGUGCUACCUUAAAAGGUACAUUAAAUGACAUAAUACUAUGAAUCUAGCUUUUAGAUUCUCGAAACUCAUGCAUUCUUGACUAGUGCAAUUUGGUUAUCGAAAAUAAAAUUUAAACUUGUUUACAAAAGUUUAGUUAUGUAACAAGGUGACUAAUUUAUCUACAGCUGCGAUAGCAAGCUAUUAUAAAACUUGAAUUUUUACAAAUGGUAAACUUUAACCUGUUUUUUAACUAGUUUAUUUGCCUUGUCUUAACAUAUUUUUUAACAGGCAAGAAAGGCUUAGAUGAAUAUGAUGUUUAAACUGUGCUCUAAACAGUAGGAGUACCAAAGAAAUUAUUAAAAAGAUAAAUGCUUUGGCUCCUACUUGGAGCUCUAUUUGAUAUAUAGGUUACUUUAUAAUAACCUUUUUGUAUAUCACAAUUUGGGUGAAAAACUUAAGUACCUUUUAAAACUAUUUAUAUGAAAAAGUCACUUUAUUACUCUUAAGAUAUCUCUCAAGUUGUUUUUUUCUUUAAUUUUGUGUGACUAAGGCUUUAUUUAUGUUCCCCAAAUUGUUAAUGUCCAUUUUUAAAUCCUACAUUAUGAAGUAAGGACAGUGUCAAAACGAUAAAGCUUAACACUUGACCUAAGCUUCUAUUUUCCUAAGGCAUAAGAGUAUUAAAUGUAUACUGACUCCCAGAUAUCUAUUUAUUACUUAAAAAACAAAACAAAACACAAAAACCUUACUGUAUAUUGACUAGCUACAUCUACAUGAAUAUCUUAGUUUUUUCAUGUAUUUCAACUUAUAAAGUAGAUUUAAUUAGAAAACAAAUUUACUAGCUUGCUAGUUUACUCUGUAACCUGACAUGUGAAUCUCUUCUUCCUUUGAAGAAAUUAUAAAUUUAAGCUAUUGUUAUAGUAUGAAGUCUUCUGUAUAUAUUUUUUCCUAAACUAAUAUUUGUUUCAGUAUUUUGUCUGGAAAAAAACA